AAUCUAUCUACUGCCGUUGACUAUGCAUAUACAUCUUACCUAAAUGGUAGUGACCCAUCGAAAAUUUUGAUCCAUGUUAGUUCUGCAAAUACCAUAGUCACUAUCUUUACCUUUCCAGAAAACGGGACUGACUUGUCGAAGAGAUGGGAUUCCGGAAAUGCCCCAUUAGGUACGUGGUUUCAUCAAUAUCAGGUCGCACAACAAGGAUAUUGGGACCAAAUAUGGUACCCAGCUAGUGGUUGUCAAUAUACAGGAUAUUCAAAUACGCCUUUUACGUAUUCUCAGUCUUAGUCCCAAAGUACAUCUUGGAGUGUCUCCGAUGGUUUCAACUGGGACGUUGGUAAAAGUUUUGCUUUGAAUAUUGGGGCUACCAUAACAAAAAGCUUUCAACAAGGGGGAUCUUGGCAGGUUUCUAUACCUCCAGAAUCCGUCGGUCAGACAUGGACUCAAAAGCGAAUGGUCUGGCAAAAUCAACAACGACAAUCAUGUGUGAGAAGACAUUACGGCUCUGGGGGGCUUCAUUGUGACUCAUGGGGGCCAUAUAUCCACGGUGAUAUCCCCAAUACACAACCCUACAACCUUGGGAUCUCUCUUGGUUCAGACCACGUUGAA